CUGAAACGACAUCGUUUAGGUUUAUAUUUUUGUAAUCAUAAAAACUGAUAGACCCCCUCUGCAUCUUCUCUCUUUCGUCGUCUUCUUUGUCUCUUUGCUUUCUAGAGUCGUGCCUCUGUGAGAGAAAGAAACCCUAAGUUCCUUCUGGCUUCUUGCAGGUUGUUUUUCUGACUCAUUCAACCACAGCUGUUUAAGAUGUCUGAAAACAUGGAGCAAUCUCCGGAGCUGUCAUCAUCUCCUUUGAUUCCGUCACUUCCAGACGACAUCACCCUUGACAUCGUGGCUCGUGUGCCCAGAAGCCACUACCCGACACUCUCCCUCGUCUCCAAGAAGUUCAGGAAACUCAUUGCCUCUCCUAAGCUCUACAAGAGGCGAUCUCAGCUGGGAAUCACCCAACACCGUGUGUACGCCAUCCUCCGCAACCGCAACAACACGGAUGACUGCCGUCUCUACAUCCUCCACCGGAAACUCAACUGCAGUAACCGCUUGGUGGUCGUCCGAUCACUUCCUCCCGUGUCUCACCGUGGAAGCUUUGUCUCGGUGGGUUCGAAGGUGUACGUGUUCAACGAUGUUGAUGCCCUCUGCGUUGACUGUACCUCCCACACGGUGCAGCCCAUCCCUGACAUGCCUCAGCGCUUCGCGGCAACUCCCAUGCCUAGUAGAGUUGGUACUGUCAUGGACGGGAAGGUUUACCUGAUCGGUGAUUCACGUUUCACUUGGGAUCGUGGGAUGGCGUGGAGGAAAACAGUGAUGGUGCUGGAUGCAGAGACGCAAGUGUGGGAGCCUGUGAUGGGAAAAGAAGACAUGAGGGUUGGUGCUAUUUGGUCUGAUGCGGUGGUGAUGGAGGACAAGAUUUGCAUGAGAGGUGUUAGGGACACCUUUUCUGUUGUUUAUGGACCAAAGGAUAACACGUGGGAGUCUAACGAGGUGUUGAACUCUAAGAACUGGGAGGGUGGCUGUGUGGUUGAUGAUGUCCUCUACUUUCUUGAUUGUUCAGGGAAGGCGUUGAGGGCGUUUGAUCCAAAGCAGGGAUGCUGGAGUGUUGUCAACGGUUUGGAAGAGUUUCUGGCUGUCGAGACUGCCCAGUCAAAGUGGCCUAAUGCGGUGAAGUGCGGUGAGAAGAAGCUGGCUCUCUUCUUUCCUAAGAAACAUGACGGCAAGGAGGUCAUUUGCUGUGCGGAGAUUGCUCUGGAAAGGCGCCAAGGAGGAGAGAUUUGGGGUAAGUUGGAGUCGUGUGAUGUUGUCGUUGAGGAUGGGCUGUUUGACAUGGUCAAAUGUGUGGCUGUCACCGUUUGAUGCAGAGUAAUAAUAAUCAAAUCCCUUCGUAUUUUAAUUAUCCUAAAUGCCACGGUCUAGUGUGUGGUUGUACGUUUGCUUAACAUCGUUAGUGUAAAGACAAAACCUUGAGAGCGUGUUGUUGUUUAGUGUUGUCGUUUCAAACUUGUUUAAUGUUGUCGUUUCAAACUUGUGUUAUGUUCUGUUAAAUUUGCUAUGUUUUAUUCUUGAAUCGUUUA